CCAGCGUCCCCUGCUUCCAUCUCUGCAUAAAUGCGAGUGUGGGAGUGCGCGCCUCCUGGGGCGAGUGUGGGAGUUCGCGCCUCCUGGGGCAGCCCUCCGACCAUGUUUCUCCUCACUCCGGUCUUGGUGGCAGUUGUCUGCGUCGUGAUUGUGUGGGUCUUUAAGAGUGCCGACGGAAGCCUGGAGAGAAAGAAGGAGGAGGCUCAAGCUCGGCCCUGGGUAGAUGAAGACCUGAAAGACAGCACGGACCACCUUCAAGUGGAGGAAGAUGCUGAUGAAUGGCAAGAGUCAGAGGACAGCGUGGAGCACAUCCCGUUCUCUCACACCCGGUACUCAGAGCAAGAGAUGAAGACUCGAGCUCGGGAAUUCUAUGAGCUCCUCAGUAAGAGGCGCUCCGUCAGGUUUAUCAGCAGAGAGCAAAUCCCGAUGGACGUCAUUGAAAACGUCAUCAGGACAGCAGGAACAGCUCCAAGCGGGGCCCACACGGAGCCCUGGACCUUUGUGGUGGUAAAGGACCCAGACAUGAAGCAUAAGAUCCGAGGGAUCAUCGAGGAGGAGGAGGAGAUAAAUUACAUGAAAAGGAUGGGAGACCGGUGGGUCUCAGACCUGAAGAAACUGAGAACCAAUUGGGUUAAGGGAUACUUGGACACUGCCCCAGUUCUGAUUCUCGUUUUCAAGCAAGUCCACGGCUUUGCUGCCAACGGAAAGAAGAAGGUCCACUACUACAGCGAGAUCAGCGUGUCCAUUGCCUGUGGCCUCCUGCUGGCCGCCCUGCAGAAUGCAGGGCUAGUGACAGUUAUUACCACCCCCCUCAACUGUGGUCCUCGUCUGAGGGUGCUCUUGGGCCGCCCCUCACAUGAAAAGCUGCUUGUUCUGCUUCCUGUGGGGUACCCUAGCAGAGAGGCCACAGUGCCUGACCUCAAGAGGAAAGCUCUGGACCAGAUCAUGGUGACAGUAUAGUUGGCCAACUCAAGGAGAUGCUGGGAUGUGAGGAUGCUGGGAUGUGGGGAUGUGGGGAUGUGGGGAUGUGGGGAUGUGGGGAUGCUGAGAUGUGGGGAUGCUGGGAUGACACCAGCAUCUCUCCUCCUGGGUCUGCUGGCUUCUCUUGCUCUCUGAGUCAGGUCUUCUCCUGCAAACCAGUGUACAAGGAAGGCCACUUUCACACUGAUAUUUUCCCACACUUUCUAGAACUUACAGUCCAGUGAGUGGGUUUUGAUGAACUGUUUUGGUGAACACCUGGAGCAGAAGGUCAAGAAGCAGGCACACCUUAACUUCUCUACAAAAUUAUAGGUGUUAUUUUUUCAUUUACCUAAACAAUUCAUAUAGAGAAGUCACAAUAGAAAUUUUGCUAUAGCUCCCUGGGAUGAUUUUUCAUCUAAAUAGUGACUAAUCAAGUGGUCUUUCUGCUCUCUGCUUUCUGGUGGCUUUGAGAUUAAGAAUGUGCUAUUGAAGCCUAUUCUGUCCAUAGAGAUUCUGCUAAUCUUGAAUCACCCACCAUUAAAGUAGCUAAAAUAUGGCACUCACAGACCCAGGGGCACUCUGCAUGCGAUGGCUGUGGCUGGCAUUUAUCGACGCAUGAUGGAGCUGCCUGGGCUGUGUCAGGGAGUCCUUGUACUAGCACUUGGAAGCCGGCGGUUCAGUCUUCUGGAAUCAGACAACAGUUAAGCCACGUGCAGUCUAAAAUUGUUCAUGGUGGCAGUAUUUAUACCAAAGGAGGCGGCAACCACUACAGGCAGUUUCGUCUCUCAGAGACUGUUUAUCACACGCGGUGCCUCCUUCCUACUUGUUCUCAUGAAACACAUCUACCUGUUCUUCAACCUGUUCUUCAGAUACCAGCAAAGCUGUGUGGGACUGCCCUGGCCACAGGUGUCCAGCUGGACCGGCCAGAGCUAGUGAAUCAGGCCUCCCAGGGGUCUGACGUACUUGCCUUUGUUUUGUUGUUUGGGAAGUUCUCCAUUCAGCUAGUCUCCUCACCUUUUCAUGUCGCUACCAUGGCUGCCUCCCUCCUCUACCUUCUCUUCCUCCCCAUUUCCUUUUCUUUUUAUCCUUUUCUCCAUGUUCUCCCUCUUUUUUCUUCUUCACACCUCAGCUGGACCAUUAAUAAGAGGAGGUUGUUGUAAGCUGGUGUCUGAGAGAAGGAAGGUCUUUCUUUGCUCUGAAAUAGAACAAGACUUCACAGGAAGCAGCAGCUUCAGCCCUGAGGCCCUUUGAAAGAUCUACAAGUUUCCAACAUCUACACGUAUCUUCAGUUUCCUCUGCAUGCUUUCCCUCCCUUCACUUGUGAUAAGUUUGUGUCCCUGGGGCUUCACUGAAUGAGGUUUCUUUUAAUGCUAUUGUGGCUUUAGCAGACCCUCGUGGGUGGGGUUAGGAACCAAUUGUUGUACAGCUUAUUGUUAUAUUGAACAAAGUUUCUCUGUGUUCUAAAUAAAGGAAUAAUAAACAUA